AAUGGGGCGUGGUGAAAGAAUACUUCCUUUUUCGCAACGACAUUCUCCUCUGAUUCCAAUUUGACGAUCACCGAGCUACAGUACAAUCUGUCCGCAGCAGCACGAAACUAAUUUAAUUGCUUCCUGAAAAGGAGUCGAGAUGUUUUACACAUGUGGACCCAAUGAAGCCAUGGUGGUGUCUGGCUGCGGCCGUUCUCCACCUCUGAUGAUUGCUGGAGGAAGAGUGUUUGUCAUCCCGUGUAUCCAGCAGAUCCAGAGAAUCACACUCAACACCCUGACUCUGAACGUGAAAAGUGACAAAGUCUACACUCGUCAUGGGGUCCCCAUCUCGGUCACUGGCAUCGCACAGGUGAAGAUUCAGGGUCAGAACAAGGAGAUGCUGGCCACAGCCUGUCAGAUGUUCAUGGGGAAGUCUGAGGCUGAGGUCGCUCAGAUCGCUCUGGAGACCCUGGAGGGCCACCAGAGAGCCAUCAUCGCUCAUCUGACUGUCGAGGAGAUCUACCAGGAUCGUAAGAAGUUCUCUGAGCAGGUGUUCAAGGUGGCCUCCUCCGACCUGGUCAACAUGGGCAUCGGUGUGGUCAGCUACACCCUGAAAGACGUCCACGACGAUCAGGAUUACCUUCACUCGCUGGGAAAAGCCCGGACAGCCCAGGUCCAGAAAGACGCGAGGAUCGGAGAGGCUCAGUAUAAACGCGAUGCUGUUAUCAGGGAGGCUCAUGCAAUGCAGGAAAAGGUUUCUGCGCAGUACAAGAAUGAGAUCGAAAUGGCGAAAGCUCAGAGAGACUAUGAACUGAAGAAAGCAGCCUACGACAUCGAGGUCAACACCAAGAAGGCCGAGUCAGAGAUGGCCUACCAGCUUCAGGUGGCCAAGACCAAGCAGCGCAUCGAGGAGGAGAAGAUGCAGAUUCAGGUGGUGGAGCGAACGCAGCAGAUCACGCUGCAGGACCAGGAAAUCACCCGCAAAGAGAAGGAGCUGGAGGCCAAAGUUAAGAAACCUGCAGAAGCUGAGAAAUACCGGAUGGAGAAGAUAGCCGAGGCGCAGCGCCUGCAGCUCAUCAUGGAGGCUGAAGCCGAGGCGGAGUCGAUUAAGAUGAGAGGCGAUGCCGAGGCUUUCGCUCUGGAGGCUAAAGGUCGCGCUGAGGCAGAGCAGAUGGCCAAAAAGGCCGAGGCCUUUAAUCAGUACAAAGAUGGAGCCAUGGUGGACAUGCUGCUGGAGAAACUUCCUCUGAUGGCUGAGGAGAUCAGCAAGCCGUUGUCGAAGGCUCAGAAGAUCACCAUGGUGUCCAGCGGCGGCUCAGAGGUGGGAGCCGCCAAACUGGCAGGGGAGGUUCUGGAAAUCAUGACCCGGCUGCCAGAGGCUGUGGAAAAACUCACAGGAGUUGAAAUCUCACAGGUCACUUCGAAGGCGUCCCGUGUGCGUUAGGAAGGGUGAUCAUCUGAGAGCAACAAUCUGUACCGUCGUUCGUUUCCCCUCCUUUCUGUGGCUUCUGCUCAUUUCCUGGAUGGCUGCUGUUUUUCUCCCUGUCGUUACCGACCACAGAAACACUCGAUGUUUUUCUGGCCCGUCGGAGUCGUAGCCGUUGCAGCCCACUUUAGCUCAACAUGAAGUCAGAGCUGCUGCCUUUUUAUACCUGAUUUUCAAUAUGCAACUUCUUGCCUUGUGGUUUUCCUCAUGGUUCCUGCGUAGGAGCUGGACCACUAAAGCAUCACCCCUCGGAUCAGAGGUCACUGUGCCUUUUUAAUUUGUAACAGAACGCAAAGUGCUUUAGCAAGUUCAGGGAGCCCGAAUUACACCUGCUGCUACAAUGGAAGAACUGUCCUGUCACUUGAAGAGCGGCUCUUCUCCCCUGUUUGAAGUCAGAUCUGAAAUGUAGAGAAAUCUCUCAAAUUUUCCAUUUGUUUACUUUAACAAUUGUCGCUCUCUCUGUGGUCCUGACUGUUGGUUAUAUAAAUGUUCUCAAGACCAUAAAUGUUCUUAAAGGGCCGGUUGUGCCAGAAUGUGUUGAUGAAACCCAUUAAGCUACUAAAAUAUAAAUCAGUUCUUAAAAUUAAACACCGAACAUAUUUUCAGUCACUCCAAGAUUUCACAAUCUACUUUUUUUUGCAAUAAAAAACUUUUGAUUACUUACCGCAUCACCCCACAUAAAGUACGGCUGACGCAGAAAAUUAGUAGUAGUAGAAACACUGCCACCUGCAGGUCACUUAGAGCCAAUGUUUGACAAUUUUUUGCGAAAAAUUAGCAAUAAACUCACAAUUAUGCGUAAAUGUAAAAAAGUGCCGGGAUUUAUUGAUUUUAUGUAAGUUUCCACAAUUAUUCACAAAAAACUGGAGUGACAAAUUGAUACAAUUUGGCAGUAAACAGAUAAAAAGUGCUUUGAAUUGAUUGAUAAAAUAAUAUUUAAGCUUGCUGUUAUCUUGGCGGUUCUAUUUAUGUGUCCCUUUAGAGUCAAGAGGGCCACCUAGAAAGCUGUGGCGGCCCAGAUUUGGCCCCCGGGCCUUGAGUUUGACACAUCUGUUUUUAAUCCUCUUUGGUAAUUAAAUUACUAAUCACUUCUAGCGUUGUUGGCUACAUUGGCUACAUUUCUUACCAGUUUGAGCUGCAGGCAGAGGGAUUUCAGUCUCAAAAUGUCGGCGGAAGUGUUCGGUGGAAACAAGGUUUGAGGUUUUCCUGUUCGACGUCUGGUGGUUGGAGAAAAGCGUGUUGUCUCUGCAGCAGCGUUGCUCUCUGAGGUCAAAGUUCUGGGUUUUUUUUUUUUAUGCUGUAGAGACAGAAUCUGCACUAACUAAUGUCACAUUCACACCUCAACUUAUGUAUGUUUUUUUUUUUUUUUCGUCUUGGAAUUUAGACUUGGAAUGUUUUUCCAUCUUUGAUCGUACUGAACGUUAAAGUGGUGAAAUCAUACCGAAUAUUUGAGACGUUAGCUGAGACCUGUUCUAAUAUAACUGCAGGUGUUUUCUUAUAAUUUUUUUGUAUGUGUAUUAACUACCAGUUGCAUCUGUACCAGAUUUUAUAGACUUUUACCCAAAACACCCAAAGGUUUUGCAUCAGUAAGCCUUCUUGCUGUCGAUGUGAUUCUUGUGAAGAAUGCUUCGAAAACGUUUGUUGCAUGGUUACUUAAACUGACGUGAACGUAAAUCAUAUUUAGCGUGGAACUGCUUGUACUAAAUAGUCUGUAGUGGACGAAAAAAUAAAAUAUUCAACUCAC